AAACUUCAUUGGAACAUGGCGGUCCCUUUAAAAUGUGUGAACAAGUUUCGGUCGUGGAAAAACGAAGAUCUUUUCGAAGAAAGUGAUUUAGAAGGCUUGUUUGAACGAGAAAAAGUGGAGUUUACAAAACCAGUGAAAUUUACAAAGUAUUGGAUCGUUUAUUUGACGUUAUUUGGAUUUUUAGCUUUGUUUAGCAUUGGGCUGUUGACAGGUUUUUUAAUGAGGGUCGAUUCGAAAGUUACGAAUGAUUGCUCAUCCAGAAGUGACGGAUUUGGUAACCUCAAGUUGCAAGCGGUGCAUAAUAAUAUUAUGUACUUUGUAAAAGCAAGUCUGUUGAGCAACACAUUCAGAGAACUGCACUCAGCUUUUCCCAGUGGUCGAGAUUCAACCCCUGCCAAUUCAGACAUCGUACCUGCCCCUGACAAGUCUGCAAUAUCUGGCAAUAAUGCCGUCCUAAAUGCCUCCCCAGCCGCAAACUAUGUUGCCAAGAAGUUCAGAGAGUAUGGCCUCGACCAUGUGGAGGUUGAAGAAACGGAAGUUGUUGUAACGUAUGCAGGGGCAGAUAAUAGACUGCAAGUGAUUCCUGAAGGGGGUGAUAGAAAUCACAGUUCAAGGGGUGUAAAUCUGCUCAAGGGAGAUGAUCCUGCUGCUAAUUCAUUAGGACUAUUUGCUGUGGCUGGUUCGACCCAGGGGCCAGUUGUGUUCGGAAAUUAUGGCAGCAGAUUGGAUAUCCUCAAGAUACGAGCUGCAAAUAUCACAUUAAAAGCUUCCAUACUGUUCCUCCAACUUGGUCAAACUUCCAUCUCUGAAAAGAUCCACACUGCAUUGAAUGUGGGCUGUUCUGGUCUAUUGCUGUUCUGUCCAAGUACCCCAUGUUACCACAGCAACAGUUUGGAUGAUGCUGUCAAUUUUGGACUCGAAGGCUGGAACCCAGGAAUACCAGUUCAACUGAUUCCAUUGGCAACUGCCCUGGAGAUUUUAAAGGUUUCCAAAGGUACCAAUCUGUUUCCAGGUGCCUGGUCAAAGUUUAUGCAGCAAGAUGACAGGAAUUCCCAUGUAUUUCACGUGCAUAUGAAUGUGUCAACAACACGUCACACUUUGAGGAACACGAAUGUGAUAGGAACUCUAUACGGCAGUGAUGAACCAGAUCAAGAGGUUUUAGUAGGUGCUGAAUUGAGGGUUGAUUCUCAAUCCUUGAGCAAUUCAUCAUUCAUCAGCAAUGUGGCAGCUCUGUUGAACCUUGCUGAGAGCAUGACCUUCAUAAGACGGGCAGAAGGUUGGAGACCAAGACGCACCGUGAAGUUCGCUCUGUGGACUACUUUGGGAGAAAUGAGCGUUGGAAUAGCAAAAUAUACACAGAGGAGACGCUUUGGUCUACAUGACUCCACUGUGGCAUACAUUCAUCUGACUGAUGAGCAUACUGGCUGGGUGACUGCACAGUCUCUUAAUUGGAAGUCCAGUCCAGGGUUUGCAGACCUUGUGUGGCACGCAUCAGAUAUGGUGCCCAAUCCAUUAAACAAAGAGUUUUCAUUGGCUGAGGAUUGGAUUCAAACAAGGGAUCCCAAGGUUUUAGCCAAUGACAGGCCUUUGUACACUUACUCUCAGAAUGAGGCUCCAUUGUUCCAAGAACUUGGGAUUUCCUGUAUUUCUCUGGCCACACAGUUAGAUAAUAUGCAGGAUGAUGUUGAGCGAGGGGAGGUAACACCAACUUUGUUUAAACUGGAAGCCCAAAGCAGGGUGGCUUCCCUUGUUGCUGUGAGAUUUAUAGACAGCCCAAUCUUGCCAUUUAAUUUAACACACUUUAUUCAACACUGGUCUACAGUAAUUAAAUCCACGUUGUUGGCAAUAAGCAGUAGUUUAGAUCCAGGAGGAAGUAUUGCCAAAAAAAUUGAAAGAAUACACUCUGUGUUAGACACUAUAGUCACGUUUUCAAUAAAAGAUGGUGUACAUCAACCCAGUUGUUCAACAAUUCAUUCCAAGAAUAAUAUGUACAAGAACCUAGAAAGUGUUUUUGAAAGGGUCCAUGACGGAGAGUUUUCAUAUGGGCAGACUGGUUUACAAGUGUUGAUGAAAAAUGCAAUAGAAGAAUUUAUAUUCACACAUGAUCAAAAUCCAGUCAACGUAAUGUUGGACACAGUUUUAGAGUGUUUGUCACGGACGUCAGAGAUUAUCGAGUCAUUACGUUUCAGUUAGCACUUAACCUCUCAGAUUUGCAUUUGGACUUGUUUGUAGUCUCUUAGAAAAUCAAAUUAAAUUAAACACCUUUCUUACUAGAUUCAAGUUUGGAACCCUUAUGUACAUUUUUAGCAGUUAACAGCAUAAAACCUGAACAGAUUGCAGGUUACUUGCAGACUAUUCUGGUUUUAUGCUGGUUGCAUAUAGCCAUUCUUGCUUUGUGUCUGAGUGGGAAAGGUUUAGCACAGCGCUUUAUGUGAAUAUGAUUGUAUUUUGUACAUUGGUGUCUUGUUCUGAGAAAAUUGGGCUUAAUGCAUGUGCAUACAGUGUCGUCCCAGAUUAGCUUGUGCAGUCCGCACAGGCUAAUCAGGGACGACACUCCGCUUUUAUGGUAUUUUUAGUUUCAAGGAAGUCCCUCCUUACCGAAAAUCAAGUUUAUGCCGAAAGUGUCAUCCAAGAUUAGCCUAUGCGGACUGCACAAGCUAAUCUGGGAUGACACUUUACGCACAUGCACAAGCCCUGUUUUCUCAGAACCCGUCACAUUUGUGUCUAACUUCAUUUAUUAUUAAACUUUUGAUGUGUUUACUCAAAAAAAUAUCCAUGAAAUAUUGUAAAAAGGUAUUAAUUGUUUAAAAACCCUACUAUAUGACGAUAGAAAAUACUUUUACAAUUAUUUUAAUGUUUCAUAAUGCAGUUUUAAAACCAUAUGUCAUUUUUAAGGCUUUUAUUCUCUAAAAUGCAUUCUUAUUUAUUAAAGUGUCUUUAAAAAAAUUAUCAACACUUAUUAUUAUGGUACAUUGUUCAUAAUUCUUUGUUUGAUUUGUUGUUUUCAAAUAUCAGUUAAGGUUGAAAAUCUCUUCAUAUUGUGUUUGACAUUAAAUGGUUUAGUGGUAUAGAGAGUUUAUAAUUUAACAGAAAUGUUAAUGUUUUUAGGAAACACACUACAUACACUUACACUGCUUCUUAGAACCAAAUGUGCAUACGUUUGAAGAUUCACCAGUUAGAAUUUUGGGUCUUGAGAAGUGACCGCGUAUUAUGUCCUUUAGAGUUGAAUGGAUUACUUGUAGUGGUUACAGAGAUAUUAACGUAGAUGCAACUCUGAGGAACUGCAAGUGGUCUGCAUGUUUCAUUUAAUAACAUAAAACAUAGGUUCCAGUUGCUAGCCACAUGCAAUUUGAUAUUUUUCCACCAUCAUGUUGUCAUUGAAAUAUAAAAUCAUUUAUUUUGCAAUUAAAAUGUAUUUUUAUGUAACAAGAAAUAAAACAUUACACACAUAUUGUAUAUUUACUGAUUUGACAGUCUCACCUUUUCUUAUAACAUGUUUUUCAUUAAAUACUUGAUGGAGUAAAUAUGUCACAAAUGUUUCUCUAUGUAUAAGUUAAUGUUUUCAAUUUAUAACGAUAAAAACUUUGUACAGAUCAUUUGUAAACAGUCAUUCAUGAUUGUGUAAAAAAUAUGUGUGAAUAUUAUCUAGUCUUUUUUAACUACUUUCAUUCCUGUUGUGUACUAUUGUUAUUGUAUUUUGUACCAGUUAUGAAGUCACUUCACUCUUUGCCUCGCGUGUUUUCUUGAUAAUAAUUAACAUGUUUAUGUUGUUCAAACUACACUUUUUGUAUAUAUACAUGUUGAAAACUGAUAUUUCUGUAUUUGACCUUUAUCAGUGUUUAAACGAUCAUGAAUCACAAAUCGGUAGAGGGAAUUAAUGAAAAAUGUCCUUCGCCUUUCCGACGGUAUGUCACACCAUAAACACUACGCCAUAUCUCCUAUUUCUUUUGAUUGAUUUCCAUGAAAAUUUGCUUAAAUGCUUAGGGCAUUGAGGCGAUUUUAAGAAGGUAUGAGUUAGUCUUGAGGCCUUAUUUGUUAAAGGUUACAGCCUCUGUUUACGUGUCCACUACAUAUUUUUUAUACGUUUUGAAAGAGCUUUAUGAAACGUUUAUACAGUAUCGUUGAUUUGCAGAGGGCAUGCAUCAAUUUUGCCGACUCAACUUCAAGGUCGUACUUUAAGGUCAUAGCUUUGCUCGAUAAUCAUUUCAGUCCCAUAUCUCCUAUACCCUUUGAAGGAUGUUCGUGAAACGCGUCAAAAUGUUAAGGUCAUUUAGGUAAUUUUGCAAAUGCAUGAGUUACGCCUGCACUUGGUCAAGGUGACACUUCAAGGUUAAAUGUUUGAGCCUCUAUUUUUUGUGUCCUGUCCAUAUCCUAUGUAUCCAUUGAAGUAUUUUUAAGAAACUUGGCUGUAAUACUUUGGUCAUGCAGGUGUUAAGUUGAAUUCACGUUUGUCAUGCUCUCGCAAAAUCAAGGUCACCAUUACAAGGAACAAAAAAUCUUGGUGUUUCAUGAGCUAAAAAAUUGUGGCAUCAUUUGGAUCUGGUAGAACAAUGGUGACCCUUUUUGUCAUCAUGUCACUCUUGUGUUGACAACUUUUUGUAUUGUCUUACUCUUACCUUAUGCCUUUGUAAUUGAACCUUUGUUCACCUUUGUUAACAACGUUUUUUGUGCAAUAAAUAGUCAAGAAACUA